AUGUCUUUUUAAAUAUAACAUUAUAUUAUAGGUAUAGAAUAUUAUAAUAAUGGAUAAGAUUAGUUAUUAGGAAAUGGCAAAUACGGAAAAAUUGUUAUCGCGAAACACUAAUUAGUGAAUGAAAAUGUUUUAAUCAAAAUAUUAGAGAAAAAGAAUCUGAAAUUAAAUAGAGAUUUGUAAAACCUUGAGAAUGAAAUUCAAAUACUCAGAUAGAUCAAGCAUUAGAAUGUAAUACAAUUAUAUGAAAUUUUGGAAUCUACAUACAAUAUUUACAUGAUUUUUGAAUUUGGAGAAGGAGAUGACCUGAAACAUAAAUUAAACUAAUGCUAAAAGCUUAAUCUUUAAUAUAUUUGCAGCAAAUUGCCAAAGGAGUUUCUUCAUUGUAAAUUAAGAUUAGAGAACAUCGUAUUAUAAAAUGGAAAACCCAAGAUUAUCGAUUUUAGCCAGGCUAUCAAGAUGGAUUAAUAGGCAACCAUAGAUUACUCUACAAUUAAAUUAUCAUAUUAAUCUCCUGAAAUGUUAAACUCGCUAUAUUAUGAAUUUGACGGAUAAAAAUAUGAUAUAUGGUGCUUAGGUCUAAUGCUUUAUCAAAUGUUGUAAGGCUAAUUGCCAUUUGACAAUAUAACUAACAAUAAUGACUUGAAAAAUAAAAUUAAGAAAUCACAAUUUUAAAUAAAUUCUCCAAUUUCUUAGUAAGUUUGUUCAUUAUUAGAAUCAAUGCUUACGAUUGAUCCAAACAAAAGAAUUACUCUUAAUGAAUUAAUGAAUUUCUUAGAAUCAUAAAAUCUAAUUUUUGAAGAUGAAUAUUUAAAGGUUCAUGAUGAUAUUCCAAUACAUCUAAUUAUUAAAGAGUUGGAAGAGAAUCAAAUAGAAACAGUCAACUUAUUUCAAUAAUUAGAGCAGAAUAAACAUUGUACAUUAACUACAUGUUAUUACUUAAUAAAAAAUAAGUUAAUGAAAAGAGAUAAAUUAAACAAGAUCAAAGAAAAUUUAAUGAAUUUUGAAAAUAGUAAAUUUAACUUUAUGACAAAAUUAAGAAAUAGUUUGCAAUUUACAACAACUAAAUCUCGAAUUUAUCAAAAUGGCACUAGAGUUCAUACUGAAAAUAAUCAUAUUAGAGCUGAAAGUACUACUUCACAUUCAUAUAAUAAAAGAUCAUUGAGUAAAACAACUAAUCACAAAACUCCAUUUAUGAAAUAAGUUCAAUAAGCUUAAAAAUUAUCUCAAACUUAAAAUUCCUUCUUUCCUUCAUAUAAUUCUACCAACUAAUGCAAUUUAAAUAAGGGCAACAACAGCAUUAAUAACAAUAACAAUAAAUCUAACAAUAUUAACAAUCAAAAUUUCUAACAAUUGGGAAUAAUUAGUGAUGGCUAUUAAAUCUAUUAAGAUAAACUUCAAUAGAGAUUAAAAAGUCUCUUGUAUUCAAAUAAUAAUUAUAUAAUAUAAGUAACAAAUACAAAAAGAAGAUCAGUGUCAUAAAAAAAUUGA